AUGAAUUAUCAUCCACAAACUGUCCUUCAUGGUGCUGGAAAAAAGAUCACAGAACAGAUUAACAACCUACAAUGCCUCCGAAGAGAGAGGACAAUCUGUACAUACCAUUAUCGGAACCAAAUCAAGGAGUGCAUAGCAUAUAGCAUACCAGCUUUCUUUCAACAGAAUAAAUUGCCAUCAUUAACCAUGUCUAAUAUGGAGAAGAAAACAGUGUUGUCAGUGGAUCUACGUUGUUUAAAGUGCAGGAAGAAGGUCAUGAUGUGGAUUUCAUCUAUAGAAGGAAUAAACUCAAUAGUUCUUGACCCUUCAAAAAACACAGCAACGAUAAUUGGCGAGGCUGAUCCUAUAUCCAUCAUCAGAAAGGUGCGAAAGUUUAAAAGAUUGGCAUACCUAAUAAGCGUGGGACCUGCAAAGGAAGAAAAGAUGGAGGAGAAAAAAGAUGAGAAGAAAGACGAGAAGAAGGAUGGAAAGAAAGACCAAAAGAAAGAUGUUUCAGCGCUUGCUGAUGUGCUUCCUUCAACCCCAAGAACAUGCCACAGAUGCGAUGUCUGGUACGUCAUUAAUCAAGAUUACGUUCGUCCUUGUGAAAUAUUGUAACCACUACUCCAGUAUCUUCAGUAAAAC